UUGACUAAGCUUUCGCCGGACAUCAGUCGAAUGACUGGCUUGCUCACGCUCAUCAUCAGCGGCAACGGUUUGGUCGAGCUGCCCGAAAGCAUCGGCAAGUUGAAAAACUUGAAGGUCCUUGAGGCUGAAAAUAACGAUCUCGUGAGUUUACCGGCGAGCUUAGCGCAGUGCAAGAACUUGGAGAUUUUGCGCGUGUCUGGUAACAAGAUCAAAUCGCUCGCUCCG